AUGAGUAAACAAUUUCUGAUAUACAGUUUUGUGGCGAAGGGGACGGUUGUGCUUGCAGAGCACACAUCAUUUUCUGGGAAUUUCAGCACAAUAGCUAUUCAAUGUCUACAGAAAUUGCCGCCGGGCAACCACAAAUACACUUACACAUGCGGUGGCCAUACUUUCAAUUUUCUUGUGGACAAUGGAUUUGGUAUUAAUCUCAUCUCGAUGUUGAAUAUGUGAUCCUCAGUUUGUGAUUUUCUGCCCCAUAUUUGAUUGAUCUUCAUUUUGUCCUCUGCAGUUUUCCUCGUUGUGGCAGACGAAGCAGCACUGAGGGGUUUACCCUUUGUGUUUCUAGAGCGAGUGAAGGAUGAUUUUCUGCGUCGCUAUGAAACUGACAUCAAGCCAGGUGGCCCCCAUGUGCUUGAUGUUGAGGAGGAGGAUGACCUGUUUGAAGAAAAAUUCAGCAUAGCAUACAAUCUUGACCGAGAUUUUGGGUACGUGUGGUUGACUUCGUCCUGAGGUAUUUUCAACAAUCUCAUUCUUGCUCAUAGCUUUCUUGGAGCAGACCGAGGCUGAAGGAGCACAUGAGCUACUGCACGAGUCACCCAGGAGAGAUGAUCAAGGUAUCCAAAUUAAAGUCUCAGAUAACGGAGGUCAAAGGCAUAAUGAUCGACAACAUUGAGAAGGUGCAUACUCUAUCCAAUGACAAAAUAAUUUAUUUCUCCUGAGAAGAGGAAACUGUUAGAUUAUGUUCCGUUAUUUAUUCCUGAUUUAAAAUGAAAAAGAGCUCGCGUUUAUGCCUGACCCAUUUGGCUUCAUGCUAAGAAGAUCAAACCCUUGGAUCCUCCGUCCCCAAAUACACAAUUAUGUUUAGUAAAUGUCCAAUUCAUAGCGGCUUAUCGCAGAGAAAAUCAUCUCAAAACGUGCCCAUGAUUUUACCCGUACAAGUAGCCAGUUUUAAUCCAGAAGUAUCAAACGAAGAGACGAUGUCUUCUAUUCUAACGUGAAAACCCGUGUAGGUUCUUGAUCGCGGUGAGAAGAUCGAACUCUUGGUGGAAAAGACCGGGAGCCUGCAAUUCCAGGUAAUUAAGUGUGUUUUUCGAUGAACUAACAGGGGAACCAAAAACGAAAAAAAUUCCCACUCAAAAAAGCCCUGCUAUAUUUGUCAGGCGGAGAGCUUCCAGAGGCAGGGGAGACAACUUCGAAGAAAAAUAUGGCUCCAUAAUAUUAGACUGAAAAUGACGAUCGUGGGAGCCCUCCUGCUGCUUGUAGUCAUCCUAUGGCUGGCGGCCUGCAAGGGCUUCAGAUGCACGUAG